AAAAAAAAAAAAAAAAGUAGUUUGACUGCGUGCUGUCACAGGCGGUGACAGAGGAGAGCUUUUUUAAAAACUCGUUGCUGUUCAGAUCACUUCAGCUGUUUCGCAACUGAGGCAACAACUGAAUAACACGCAACAACACAACUCCACUCUGGGCGUCUCACCUCAGCCCUCCAUGCUCCUUCAAUCCGGCGGGUGUUAAGAUCCAUGGAAGUGGCCGGCUUCUACGACGAGGGCGGCUUUGCUAUUCACAGUCGAGACAGCAUUAUCAGUCCCAUCGGCAACAGCUCAUACUGGAGGCUCGGCGACUCGAUGACGGAGCUGGGCAUCGAGGAGAGGGAGAGAGCGAUAGACUUCAGCGUUUACCUGGAUUCGGCGUUGCACUGUCCGCAGCUGGCGGCGCAGACGCACCAGCAGCACCAGCAGCAGCAGCACCAGCAGCAGCAGCAAGGGGACGUUUUCUCAGAUUUCUUGGCUGAGAACAAGCUCAAGAGAGUUGCAGCUCUGCAGAACUACAAGAACUACUCGCUGCUGAACGAGCUGGAGAGCAGUCAGUGCGACAACAACUUGAGGGACCCCAGGGAGCCUUACGCGCUGGGUUACAGUACCGAGCUGCAGGAGACCCGGGUGGACAGCGUGCUCAGCCCUGAUCUGGUCGGGAGCCGCUACAGAGCUGCUGCUGCUGCUGCUGCUGCUGCUGCUGCUGCCGAGAGAGGAGACAGUCAGAAAGACGCCAACAUGGAGAACGGCUCGUCUGGUUUCUACAUCCAUUACCAGUCCACCAGCGGCAGCAUCGGGAACAUCUCCUCCGCGUCCUCGACCUGCUCCAGCCCGCCCGGCACACCUGCGCCUUCAGGUAAAAGCAGGUCACCCUCUCACGGUGGCAAGAUGUCCUCAAAGUCAAAGAAACGCCUGGAUAAGGACAGCGACGAGUACAGGAUGAGGCGGGAGAGGAACAACCUCGCCGUGAGGAAGAGCAGGGACAAAGCCAAAGUGCGCAACAUGGAGACCCAACAUAAAGUGCUGGAGCUGGCUGCAGAGAACGAUCGUUUACAAAAGCGUGUGGAGCAGCUGUCCAGAGAGCUGGGCACCCUGCGCAACCUGCUCUCUGCCACCGGACAAUGUUAGAGAAACACCACCCCCCCUCCACCAGAGACUCCAUGCGGGCCGCUUGUCUAAUCAUUGAUGGACUUUAGCAUCUGGAGGUGAUCCACUGAACAAGUGUUUGGAAAAAACGGUACGCUUCAAUGGGUGAAGAAGACAGCGGCCACCAGUUUACAAGAGACAGUUUAAAUGGGACUGAAGGAGUGGGCGCACGGAUUGCGCAAUCAUUCACGAUUCUUCACAUGUCACCUUGGCUUUAUUCUCAGAUGUAAUUUUGUGUAUAUGCAGUAUUUCGGUGCAUAUUUCUACAUACAUACGAGUGAAUUUCUACAUUUUGUGUAUCUGGAGCAAUGGUUGUUAAGGGAAGAGUUGUGCUGCAGUGAAAUGAUGCAACUCUUUGUAAUAGUAUUGGCAAUGAAUGAAAUAAGUCUAAUUAUUUAAUAUUGAAUGGUUAAAUGCUUUAAAUGUACUUGAUAUUUUAUUGAAUUAAACAGAUUUAUACUUUGUCUAAACAA